AUGGGAGUCUUUACACUUCUCUCGGCUUCAGGUGAUCCUGUUGUGGUUCCACAGGACCCCGCCAUUAUCUGCCAGUCUACGUGGUUGCAGGCAGCGCUAGGCAUUGGGGAAGACGAAGGUGUUGUGCCUGUAGCCUGUACGCGAACACUGGAGUGCCUUGUGGCUUAUAUGAAAAAUCACGCGACUUACCUUGAGGAUGACGAACAAGAAAUUGAGCUUCCUAUUUCAUGUACGUGUAACACCAGUGCUGCUGGGUUGGGGUAUGAUGUAAAUGAAAUGCUACCGCCUAGUGACGUUGCUUUUUUGGAUAGCUGUGUUGGGGUGGGAAAGCCAUGGCCCCUGGAGAUGCAGGAGCUCCUGUUAGAGCUGUGGGUGGCCGCAGACUUUGUUGGACACAGUCGCUUAAGGAAGACAUGUGCAGUAUACUUUGCGUGCCGGCUCAUGUCCGCCACGGAGUCCGACAUUUUGGGGUGGUUUGAGGGUGGGAUGGAGCGUGCUAGAAAGGUAACGAGCGCGGGUUUGCUGGAUGACAACGGUGGGGGUCGACUGCCAUUGCUGUCUGACCAAGACCGACUGCAUAUCCUCAGGGAAAUGCGAAACGUCUUGGACAUCGAAGAAUGA